AUGGACGCAUCCUCGACAUCACCCCUUUUGCGACCAUCGUCUCCUGCUCUGGAUGUGGCUCCCUCGCUAGCCCUCUACCCCGGUGGCUGUCCUUCGCUCGACGCUCGUUCCGAUCGCUCAGUGUCCACGCCAUCAACGAUAUCUAGCAGAUCCGUCUCAUCUUCUUCAACCCGUUCAGAAUCAGGUCGACGGAAGAAUGGAUACAUGCGUCCCCAAGGAACCGCCUUUUCGGACUCGGCAAGGAACCGCGACAGCGUCAUGAGUCUGGGAAGCAUCGCUCACAUGCAAUAUUACUUUGCUCGCACUGGUCUUCUGGAUGGCAAAGGGGGUCAGUUUGCGAAACCAAAGAAAGGCCUCAAGCAUUUAGACACCGACGUCGCCAUCUAUACCACAUCAGAAGACGGCUUGGUCGAAAGCCCGAAAGACGCCAACGAUGAGUGGUCAGAGCCCAUCAUGCUCCCGCCCACUGUGUCAACAUAUGCAUACAAGGAACCCAAUGUACAACCACCGCCAGAGCUCCCCAUGCUCCGUCGACAGCUUCGCGAAGCACUGGACGACGCUCAGAAAGUACUGCAAGAGUCGGCUGAAGCUAGUCCAUACGACGAUGCCACUCGAGAGGCCAUCGUCGAGUCUGUACGAGCACCCACAAAUCCCGACGAGCCUCCGGUGGCCCAGGGCUGGCACGAGAUUAUGGGUCUCCACCUCCUUGAUAUCAUCACCCUGGCCAUCCGUGCCGCCAAAACAUACUACACAUCACAUCCACACCCUCAACAACUGUAUGCCAUCCAGUCAGAGCGUAAAAUCCGCGGAGACUUGUAUGAGGUCCUCGACGUCUUGAAACGUGCAGCAGCGAGAGAGUUCCGUGGAGGUGUCAAAGAUGAGGAAAGAGCUGGGAUAAAAUCUUGGAUCGAUAGCAUCAACGACUUGAUGUCGAGAGAGAAGUCGCGAGAACAAGAAGAACAAAUUUCACGUGCAAGUUGUGCCUGGCGCUUCGGAGACUGGACUGGCCGUGAACGCGAAAGAGAGUGGCUAUUUAUGUCCUCUUUCGACACUAGUCCGGAGCCGCUUCCACAGUGGACAGAAUCGAUCUCAGAGGAACCAUCGCCGUUCCUUCGAACUUUACAGAGUGGUCUGCGCCUAGUGCAGCUUCACAACGAGAUGGUCCGCCGUUCCGAACGUCCAUUCGGUGAAAUAAAGACCUUCUUUACGGACGUAGCAAAGCCGUAUCGAUGUGCUGAAAACUUGCGCUUCUGGUCAAAAGCUGCAGAGCUUCGAUGGGAGACUCAACUCUCUUUCAACGUGCUUCACGUGGUACACGGCAAAGAUGACGAUGCCUGGAAACAGUUUGACGAGACUGUAUUCAAAUGGUGCCGCGAAGUUCGAGAGGAGAUCUCGAAGGAGUGGGCAGAGUCCGAGAGAUCUGCAUAA